AUGAGCUGCAUCAAAACCCACUUUGAUGGAGAGGAUCAGAAGGGACUUCACAGCUGCCCUCAAUGCAGGAAACGCUUCACACCGAGGCCCGUCCUGGUAAGAAACACCAUGUUAGCAGAUUUAGUGGAGCAGCUGAAGAAGACUGGACUCCAAGCUGCUCCUGCUGACCACUGCUAUGCUGGACCUGAAGAUGUGGCCUGUGAUUUCUGCUCUGGGAGAAAACUGAGAGCCAGCAAGUCCUGUUUGAGCUGUGUGGCCUCUUACUGUGAGGAACACCUUCAGCCUCAUUAUGAUGUGGCUCCACUAAAGAAACACAAGCUGGUGGAGCCCUCCAAGAAGCUCCAGGAGAACAUCUGCUCUGUCCACGAUGAGGUGAAGAAGCUGUUCUGCCGCACUGAUCAGAAGUCCAUCUGUUCUCUCUGCUCUGUGGAGGAGCAUAAAGGCCACCACACAGUGUCAGCGGCAGCAGAAAGGACUGAGAGGCAGAGAGAGCUGGAGGGGAGGCGGCAACAAAUCCAGCAGAGAGUCCAGGACACACAGAAAGAUGUGGAUCUGCUCCAGCAGGAGGUGGAGGCCAUCGAUAAGUCUGCUGACAAAACAGUGGAGGACAGUGAGAAGAUGUUCUCUGAGGUGAUCCGUCUCAUCCAGAACAGACGCUCUGAUGUGAAGCAGCAGGUCAGAUCCCAGCAGCAAACUGCAGUGAGGGGAGUCAAAGAGCUUCAGCAGGAGCUGCAGCAGGAGAUCACUGAGCUGCAGAGGAAAGACGCUGAGCUGCAGCAGCUCUCACACUCAGAGGACCACCUCUUUGACUCCCCUCACUGCAGUUUGCUGCUGGGAUCUGACCUGCUGCUCCACAUCAGAGCGUUUUUUCAGGAUGAGACGGAACAGCUCAGCAAACAUCUUCUCACUGUCCUCCACUGUUUUCUCAAUGAUCUCCUGCUCCAGCUUCUGCUGAAGCUCUUUGACUCCCCUCACUGCAGUUUGCUGCUGGGAUCUGACCUGCUGCUCCACAUCAGAGCGUCUGUUCUGGAUGAGACGGAUCAGCUGAGUGAACAUCUUCUCACUGUCCUCCAGUGUUUUGUCAGCAGACUGAUCGAUGGCCUCCACCUCCUGCUGGAGCAGAUCCACAUCUUGCUUUUUGUCAUGGAUUCUCUGCUGGAUUUGUUGCCGCCUCCCCUCCAGCUUUCUCUGCCUUUCAGUCCUUUCUGCUGCCGCUGA